AGCCCCCGGAGCUCGGCUAACUCGGCGCCCAUUGCACGGCCGCACCAUGGGGUCCCGCCACUUCGAGGGGAUUUAUGACCACGUGGGGCACUUCGGCAGAUUCCAGAGAGUCCUCUAUUUCAUAUGUGCCUUCCAGAACAUCUCCUGUGGUAUUCACUACUUGGCUUCUGUGUUCAUGGGAGUCACCCCUCGUCAUGUCUGCAGGCCCCCAGGCAAUGUGAGUCAGGUUGUUUUCCACAAUCACUCUAAUUGGAGUUUGGAGGACACCGGGGCCCUGUUGCCUUCAGGCCAGAAAGAUUAUGUUACGGUGCAGUUGCAGAAUGGUGAGAUCUGGGAGCUCUCAAGGUGUAGCAGGAACAAGAGGGAGAACACAUCGAGUUUGGGCUAUGAAUACACUGGCAGUAAGAAAGAGUUUCCUUGUAUGGAUGGCUACAUAUACGACCAGAACACAUGGAAAAGCACUGCGGUGACCCAGUGGAACCUGGUCUGUGACCGAAAAUGGCUUGCAAUGCUGAUCCAGCCCCUAUUUAUGUUUGGAGUCCUACUGGGUUCGGUGACUUUUGGCUACUUUUCUGACAGGCUAGGACGCCGGGUGGUCUUGUGGGCCACAAGCAGCAGCAUGUUUUUGUUUGGAAUAGCAGCGGCGUUUGCAGUUGAUUAUUACACCUUCAUGGCUGCACGCUUUUUUCUUGCCAUGGUUGCAAGUGGCUAUCUCGUGGUGGGGUUUGUCUAUGUGAUGGAAUUCAUUGGCAUGAAGUCUCGGACAUGGGCGUCUGUCCAUUUGCAUUCCUUUUUUGCAGUUGGAACACUGCUGGUGGCUUUGACAGGAUACUUGGUCAGGACCUGGUGGCUUUACCAGUUGAUCCUCUCCACAGUGACUGUCCCCUUUAUCCUGUGCUGUUGGGUGCUCCCAGAGACACCUUUUUGGCUUCUCUCAGAGGGACGAUAUGAAGAAGCACAAAAAAUAGUUGACAUCAUGGCCAAGUGGAACAGGGCAAGCUCCUGUAAACUGUCAGAACUUUUAUCACUGGACCUACAAGGUCCUGUUAGUAAUAGCCCCACUGAAGUUCAGAAGCACAACCUAUCAUAUCUGUUUUAUAACUGGAGCAUUACGAAAAGGACACUUACCGUUUGGCUAAUCUGGUUCACGGGAAGUUUGGGAUUCUACUCCUUUUCCUUGAAUUCUGUUAAUUUAGGAGGCAAUGAAUACUUAAACCUCUUCCUCCUGGGUGUAGUGGAAAUUCCCGCCUACACCUUCGUGUGCAUCGCCAUGGACAAGGUCGGGAGGAGAACAGUCCUGGCCUACUCUCUUUUCUGCAGUGCACUGGCCUGUGGUGUCGUUAUGGUGAUCCCCCAGAAACAUUAUAUUUUGGGUGUGGUGACAGCUAUGGUUGGAAAAUUUGCCAUCGGGGCAGCAUUUGGCCUCAUUUAUCUUUAUACAGCUGAGCUGUAUCCAACCAUUGUAAGAUCGCUGGCUGUGGGAAGCGGCAGCAUGGUGUGUCGCCUGGCCAGCAUUCUGGCGCCGUUCUCUGUGGACCUCAGCAGCAUUUGGAUCUUCAUACCACAGUUGUUUGUUGGGACUAUGGCCCUCCUGAGUGGAGUGUUAACACUAAAGCUUCCAGAAACCCUUGGGAAACGGCUAGCAACUACUUGGGAGGAGGCUGCAAAACUGGAGUCAGAGAAUGAAAGCAAUUCAAGCAAAUUACUUCCCACAACUAAUAAUAGUGGGCUGGAAAAAACGGAAGCGAUUACCCCCAGGGAUUCUGGUCUUGGUGAAUAAAUGUGCCAUGCCUGCUGUCUAGCACCUGAAAUAUUAUUUACCGUAAUGCCUUUGUAUUAGAGGAAUCUUAUUCUCAUCUCUCGUAUGUUGUUUGUAUGUCUUUUUAAUAAAUUUUGUAAGAAAAUUUUAAAGCAAAUGUGUUAUAAAAGAAAUAAAAACUAAGAUGAAAAUUCUCAGUUUUAAAAA